AUGAUCGCUUCUAAACAUGCCAAAGAUCAUGCAUUUGACGCUUGUGUAUUGAUUCAUCUGUCACUUUUAUCACUUGAGAAUUUUAAAGAAAGUCAAUGUCCUAUUGCAUUUUUACCUUCUAGAGAUAAACCUGUCUUCGAAUAUGUUAAAAAUCCAGUUCUUACCAGCAAACCAUAUGCUAGUAAAAUUGUUCAUCAUAGAUUUGAUAUGCACCAUGGUUUCGCAGGAGCUGGAGCUGAUUUCAAAGAUCCAGUUAAUAUUGAAGCU